AUAUGUAUAUAUGUUACCGUGAAUGACCGAAAUUGGAGAAUGUCGACUUUCACCGGUGAAUGUCAACAGAUACCAAAUACGUCGGUGAAAGAUCGAAUAUUUUAUUACAUUGUUGUACAUUCUGACCCUGUCCGGUGUGUGUCGACAAUCACAGAUAUGCUCUGGUGGAGGUCCAAAACAGAAGAGUCAAAAAACAAGCGACUGGCUCUCUCCCGCCAAAUCCUUUGUUCUGCUCGGAGUCAAUCAGGUUUGUCAGUCUUAUGCAAGCUUUGAUAACGCGAGCAACGUUUUCUUAAUUGUUUUUCCGAUACCCUAAUUUAUACUAAAUGGAUACUGCAGUAAAUCGUGAUCUUUUUCUUGAAAAGUUAAAUGCAUUAAUUGCGGGUAAACGAGAAGACAAUUGUUUUUAUUUUUCUCAAGAAAAGUAUUCUAAAAUACUUUCUGAAGUGGUUUCUGCUAAAAUUAAAUGCAACACACCUUUGGAUUACAGACGAUUAAAACGUUUUGAUGUUUUAAAAAUUAAUGAUGAAGAGAAGUUAAUUGUACCAUUAAAACCAGGGGAAACGAACAUACAGUAUUAUGUUACCAAUGAAGAAUUGUACAGUAUACUAUAUGAAACUCACACCAGAAUAGGCCACGGAGGAAGAACACGUAUGCUUAAAGAGUUGCAAGUUAAAUACAAAAAUAUCACAUAUGAAGUUGUAAUGUUGUAUUUAAAUUUAUGCAAACAGUGUCAAAUGAAACACAGUGCACCUAAGAAAGGUAUUGUUGUGAAGCCGAUGGUUAGUUCUGAAUUAAACUCAAGAUGUCAAGUUGAUCUGAUAGAUCUGCAGUCAAACAGAGAUGGCGAAUAUAAGUUCAUAAUGGUGUAUCAAGAUCAUUUAACUAAGUUUGUCCAGCUACGACCUUUGAAAACUAAAAGAGCUGAAGAAGUAGCGCAUCACGUUCUUUCAAUAUUUUUAACAUUUGGUGCACCAGCAAUAUUGCAAUCAGAUAAAGGUAGAGAAUUUAGUAAUCAAGUCAUAUCCGAAAUAUGCGCUAUGUGGAAAGAUGUUAAAAUAGUUCAUAGAAAGCCUCGUCACAGUCAAACACAAGGCUCAGUUGAAAGGGCCAAUCAGGAUAUACAGAAUAUGCUAACUGCAUGGAUGAACGAUAACGAUACAAAUAAAUGGUCAGAUGGUUUAUCCUUUGUUCAAUUUGCCAAGAACACUACAUACCACGAAGGAAUACGCCAAAGUCCUUAUGAAGCCAUGUUUGGCGUUAAAGCAAAAAGAGGCAUAGCAUCGUCUUUUUUGCCUGGCGAACAAAUCGCAAAUAUUGAAACUGAAGAACAACUCGAAGAAAUUGCCAAUACUUCUGAAACCGAAGAACAGCUUGAAGAAACUGUUAAUGCUUAUAAAAAAAAUUUGAGCGGUGGUCAUACCGAAAACCAUAUUCCAAAGAAAAAUAUUGAAGAGGACCUACAACCUACAACAUCUUCACAUCAAAUUCUGACUGAAAAACACGAGUUGAUUUCUACAAAAAGAGCGGCCGCGAAAGAAAAUCUUCUACUGCAAGCAACAAAAAUGUUACGAACCUCACAAAAACAAUUUCCUCCUGCUCAAAUUGGUGAUAAUGUACGAAUACAAGUCCCUGAUGUCGACCGUGAUCGUACAGAUAGCCGAAAUGUGUUAGCGGUUGUUGUUGGAAUAGAAGACUCCGACUUCUAUAAACUGGCAAAUAAAAAUGGUACCCUCAAGCAGCUUUACACACGUAAUCAGUUCGUAAUUUGCAAAGAAAAGUUACUUUCCAUAGAUGAGAUUUCUUUUCAAGAAAUGUCGCUGAGAGAAGCAGCUGCAGCUAAUUCGAAAAGCGGGGGACAAGGCUAUACACGCUGUCAUUGCAAAAGAAAGUGUUCCACAAAUAAAUGCAGUUGUAAAAGCAAGGGACUCUUGUGCAAUUCAAAGUGUCAUAAUAGUUUAAGUUGUUGCAAUAAAUAAGAUUUGAAUCACAUAAAAAGGGAGGCGAAAAAGUUACGUCCCCCUUGUGACGUUUUAUAGCGACUGAAUUACGGAGAAGAAAAUAUAAAUCUCCAACAUGUUCAACAUUCACCAUUAGUGCAUGGUGAAUGUCAACAUUUACCGGUGUAAGUCAGAAAUAAGGGUAUUUAGCAAAUAUUUCGGACAUACACCAAGCGACUAUGUGAAUGUUGACAUUCACCGGUGAAAGUCGACAUUCUCCAGAUUUCGGUGUUUCACUGUAACAUAUAUAUGUAUAUUGAUGUCGGUCACCGUGCU